CUUCUUCCUUCUUCCUUUCUUCUUCCACCACCACCACCACUACUUCUUCUUCUUCUCACUACCUGGAUAUAAUCGCGCUUAAGAAAAAGCCAAGCUGCGUCCGAAAUGACAACUCUGGGUGGAGCUGUCCCAAGGAUGAUGCGACCAGCUCCCGGACAGAAUUAUCCUCGCAGUGGGUUCCCAUUAGAAGUGUCGACUCCUCUGGGCCAAGGCCGGGUCAACCAGCUCGGGGGCGUCUUCAUCAACGGCCGCCCUCUUCCCAACCACAUCCGCCACAAGAUCGUGGAGAUGGCCCACCACGGCAUCCGGCCCUGUGUCAUCUCCCGCCAGCUCCGGGUCUCCCACGGCUGCGUCUCCAAGAUCCUCUGCAGGUACCAGGAGACCGGCUCCAUCCGACCGGGGGCCAUCGGAGGCAGUAAGCCCAAGCAGGUGACGACGCCGGAUGUCGAGAAGAAAAUCGAGGAAUAUAAGCGCGAGAACGCCGGCAUGUUUAGCUGGGAGAUUCGGGACAAACUGCUCAAGGACGGCGUCUGUGACCGAAACACCGUGCCUUCAGUGAGUUCCAUCAGCCGCAUUUUGAGAAGUAAAUUUGGGAAAGGAGAAGAAGAAGAAGCCGAGCUGGAGAGGAAAGAAGUGGAGGAAAGCGAGAAAAAGGCCAAGCACAGCAUCGACGGCAUCCUCAGCGAGCGAGCAUCAGCUCCACAGUCAGAUGAAGGUUCUGAUAUAGAUUCUGAGCCAGAUUUGCCAUUAAAGCGAAAGCAGCGUCGUAGCAGAACAACCUUUACAGCUGAACAAUUAGAAGAGCUGGAGAGAGCUUUCGAGAGGACCCAUUACCCUGAUAUUUACACUCGGGAGGAGCUUGCACAAAGAGCUAAACUCACUGAAGCUCGGGUUCAGGUCUGGUUUAGUAAUCGUCGAGCUAGAUGGAGGAAGCAAGCUGGGGCGAAUCAACUGAUGGCUUUCAAUCACUUAAUCCCAGGCGGAUUUCCACCAACUGCUAUGCCAACGCUGCCAACAUACCAGCUAUCAGAAUCCUCUUACCAACCCACUUCUAUUCCACAAGCUGUAUCAGAUCCAAGCAGUACAGUUCACAGACCUCAGCCUCUUCCACCAAGCACUGUACACCAAAGCAGCCUGCCUUCAAACCCAGAGAGCAGUUCUGCGUACUGCCUCCCGAGCACAAGGCAUGGAUUCUCCAGCUAUACAGACAGCUUUGUGCCUCCGUCUGGGCCCUCCAAUCCUAUGAACCCUGCCAUUGGCAAUGGCCUUUCACCUCAGGUAAUGGGCCUCUUAACUAAUCAUGGUGGUGUACCUCACCAACCCCAAACUGACUAUGCUUUGUCACCAUUAACUGGGGGGUUGGAACCAACGACUACAGUAUCAGCUAGCUGCAGUCAAAGACUAGAUCACAUGAAAAGUUUAGACAGCCUGCCUACUUCCCAGUCAUACUGCCCACCAACAUACAGCACCACUGGUUAUAGUAUGGACCCUGUCACAGGAUACCAGUAUGGACAAUAUGGACAAAGUGCCUUUCAUUAUCUGAAGCCAGAUAUUGCAUAAAUGAACUGUCCACUUCAAGUUAAAGCCAGUCUCGUUCCUGGUCUUGCUCCAAUGUUUGGAAUGGAGUGAUCUUCUCACCAAAAUGCAUCCCAGAAUGAAGUGAUCAUAUUAGAGAUAACAGGACUGUUAUGUUCUUUACCCCCAGACAAUGCUUUCACUUGGACAUGCUGGGUAAAGCAGCUCAGAAGACAAAGACCAUGAGCAAUAACAUAGAUAAAAUGCAACACGGUUCAGCAUUGAUUUUUCCCCCCUUUCUUUUUUCAAAAAAGGACAGAGUGUUUCAAACUGCCAGGCUGAAGUAAGCAUUCCAUUUUUAGGCUGAUGAAGAGGCGUGGAUUGAUUUAGACAUCAUGUUUUAAAAUAUGGCAACUGAAUGUUGCAAACUCAAAACCUUGUUGACAUUCUGUGCUAACUUUUAACCCUGCUUGGUUUUGCAAAAGCAUGGGCAGGAAAACAUUGUUUUACACACUGGAAACUGACCUCUAAAGGAAAUGUUAAGGUCUUUAGGAAGCUAGACUAGAUGUUUGAAGACUUCCAGAAAUAAGUUAUUGAUUAUCUUUUUGGUCUUUGUAAUCCUAUUGUUGAUAAAUGUCACAUGCAAGGUUAUUUCCCCCCCUUCAUUACAGCAAUUGAGAUAUAUAGUGUAAAAUGAAGAAAUGUUUUGCAAGAUUGUUUGUGUGUGAAGUUUUCCUAUUCCUAUUCCAAUUCCAGUUACCUCCUGGAAGAAACAAGCAAAAAGAAAAAAAAAUACAGGAUAUCUUUGAUUUCUAUGACUGCUUAACAAUGUGCAAUAUGACGUACCUCACCAAGCUUUGGUAACAUCCAAAGCGUUAUAUAUAGAUUCAAAAUUAUAUUUUUCCAGGUACUUUUAUUUUUACAGUACAUAAUUCACUCGUUUAAUAUGCUGAGGUGUUACAUUCUCUCCAGUUUAUUAGAUGAUCUCCAGUUCAUUAGUUCAACAUUUGGGGAAGAUAAUAUACUUUAAAACGCUCAUGUUUACAUUCUUUUUAGAAAAAUGCAGGGCAUAAAUCACUAUGGCCCUGUUAUUAUCAUGUAAUUUUAAAUUAUACAGUGACAUCCCAUCUAUAAAAAAACCCCCAAUGGAAACCAAGGUUUACAUACAUUUUAUGUUGUGACAUUUUCAAAUGUCAAUAAAUUUGUGUUUUGAAAUGUUAGGAGGAACAUGAAGAUGGCAGGCAGUGUUAUUUAUUUUUCUUUAUUCUUGGAACCAUGAGUGAGGUAGGGCACAAACACAUUCCUUUUAGCCUUCAACUCAGUGAACGUAGCAAAAUAGUAAGACUAGGUUAUAGUACAGAGAUGAGUUCACUCAUUGAUCUUAAAAGGUGAUGGAGCAAAAGAAAUACUAUCUUUCUGUUAUGACCUCCACCAACAACAUGAGUGUUGUAAAAAUAAAGUCUCAUAUUAAAGAAAUGCAGUAAAUAUUUACUAUUUAUAAUGAAUA